AGAUUCUUUGCUACAUCGCGAUGCUGAUAACACAGGAAACGCUGCAUCGGCAAGGCUAUCUCUGGAGCGGCUAUCGGAUCGAGUGCUCUCUUUGUCCGGUACGUCAUGGUCUCCCACUUAACAAUCUAGGUCAGAGAAACCUGCCGCGUAAGUCGUGUAAUAUCGUGAACCCGAGACUAUCGACGACGGGUACAGUAGACGCUGGAAAUUAUGAAUACGACUCGGACCUGCGUUGCCGUGUUACUGUGCGCAGCACUGUCUCUCACGGUAUGCGGAAGCCAAGCCAAGGACGAAAAGAUCAUGCUGUGCUACUGGGGAAGCUGGUCCGCCUACCGUCCGAUGCAGUGUGCGUUUGCCGUCGACCAGAUAGACCCAUUCAUGUGCACGCACAUUGUGUACGCCUUCACCAAGAUCCUGGAUAACAGAAUCACCCUGUUCGACCCCUGGCUCGAGCUUCCUGAUGGCGGAGGCAAAGACAUGCUGAGGAAGCUGAACGACCUUAGAACGACCAACCCUCAGCUGAGGACAAUCAUUGCCAUCGGCGGCUGGAACGAGGGCUCCAAGAACUAUUCCGUCAUGGCUUCAACCGAGGCAGGGCGCCGGACCUUCGUGGACAGCGUGGUUGCCUUUCUGAACCGCUACCGGUUCGACGGUUUCGAUCUGGACUGGGAAUACCCGACGGACAGAGGAGGUGCUCCUGAGGACUACGGCAAUUAUAUUCUACUGCUCAAGGCACUAAAGCAAGCCCUUGGAGACAGGUAUCUACUCUCAGCUGCAGUGGCGGCAAGUCCAGAGAAGGUGGACCAAGCUUACAACGUGACCGAAAUGUGCAAAUAUCUGGACUUUAUGAGCGUCAUGGGCUACGACUUCUUCGGUGCCUGGGACAACAAGACAGGCCACAAUGCUCCCCUCAGGGCCAGGCAAAAUGCCAGCAAAAUCGAAACCACCUGGAACGUGGAGUACGCUGUCAAUCACUGGAUUACCCGGGGGGCUCCCCCGAGCAAGCUGCUUCUGGGGGUGCCGCUGUACGGCCGAACUUUCCUGUUAAAAGAUCCAAAGAACGCGGGCUUCCUGGCACCCUCGGUCGGCCCUGGUCCCAUGGGACCCUGCAGCCGAACCGACGGUAACCUCGGAUACAAUGAGAUUUGCCGGUACUUGAACGAAGGAGGGUGGACGGUGACACGAGACCCCGACGUGAACGCACCGGUGGCUGUCAAGGACAACUUCUGGAUCGGCUACGACGACGCGGAAAGCCUUACUGCAAAGGUCGAGUUUGCCAUGCUUAAAGGAUUGGCUGGAAUCAUGAUUUGGUCCAUGGAAACAGACGACUUCAGGGGAGCUUGCAGAAAGGGAAGAAAUCCACUUCAGACUGCUAUUCAAACGGCCAUGAACACACCGAUUGCACAUCCUACGACGUCGGUGGCCCCGCCUGUCACGCAAGAGUCUUCUACGUUCAGCGAAGCCCCGCAAACAUCGCAAGAAACUCCGUCAUCAACGACAGCUGAAAUCCAGACAGAGCCUAAAACUUCCGAGCCGACUACGACAACUGAAGCCCAGACAGAGCCGAAAGAGUCAGAACCCACUACGACAACUGAAGUCCGGACAGAGCCCAGAGAGCCCGAACCCACUACAACAACCGAAGCCCAGACAGAGCCCAAAACUUCCGAACCAACUACGACAACUGAAGCCCAGACAGAGCCCAAAACUUUCGAACCACCUACGACAACUGACGCCCAGACAGAGCCCAGAGAGUCCGAACCCACUACAACAACCGAAGCCCAGACAGAGCCCAAAACUUCCGAACCAACUACGACAACUGACGCCCAGACAGAGCCCAGAGAGUCCGAACCCACUACAACAACCGAAGCCCAGACAGAGCCCAAAACUUCCGAACCAACUACGACAACUGACGCCCAGACAGAGGCCAAAACUUCCAAACCAACUACGACAACUGACGCCCAGACAGAGCCCAGAGAGUCCGAACCCACUACAACAACCGAAGCCCAGACAGAGCCCAAAACUUCCGAACCAACUACGACAACCGAAGCCCAGACAGAGCCCAAAACUUCCGAACCAACUACGACAACUGAAGCCCAGACAGAGCCCAAAACUUUCGAACCAACUACGACAACUGACGCCCAGACAGAGUCCAGAGAGUCCGAACCCACUACAACAGCCGAAGCCCAGACAGAGCCCAAAACUUCCGAACCAACUACGACAGCUGAAGCCCAGACAGAGCCCAAAACUUUCGAACCAACUACGACAACUGAUGCCCAGACAGAGCCCAGAGAGUCCGAACCCACUACAACAGCCGAAGCCCAGACAGAGCCCAAAACUUUCGAACCAACUACGACAACUGCAGCACAGACAGAGCCCAAGGAGUCAGAACCCACUACGACAACUCAAGUCAAGAUAGAACCUACACGGUCACAAGCUGUCACAACAACUGAAUUCCAGACACCGACCGAAGUUUCUCAACCCUCUACGACGGUGGAGGUCCAGACAGAACCUACAACAUCACAAACUGUAAUGGAAACGAAACCUUCGUCAGAGCCCAAGGUAUUCCCACCCCCAGUGUUGGUGGGCGAACAAAACUGGCCGAAAUGUGACGCGGAGGGCUACUACGCGUGCCCAUGGAACACUCGCUUAUUCUCUCGCUGCGUGGAUAUGGGGUACCGUAAUUAUUUACGUUAUUAUUAUGUAUGUCCCGCCAACACCAUCUUCAAUCCUGCCUACACUGCAUGCGCCUACCCAUACCAGUAGAAGUACCUGUAGAUAUUAUAUUUAUUUCAACGUCGUUAAUUCCGUCAAAUUCGGUAUUAAAACGGAAAUUCCAA